CGCACUCUGCGCAUGCUCAAGUUAGAUCGCCCCAAACGCACAUCCACUCGUACAGAAAGACUUUAUUUCUAUCUUUUUAUUGCCGGUAAUAAUAUCUCGUUAAUGAAUAUCACAGAUGGAGCGAAGAGGGAGUCAGAAAGCUCUCUCGUAUUCAAAGAAGGGACCAUCGUUAUGAGGCGUAUGUAGCUUUUUGAAAUCAAAAGUGAAAGUGCAUUAUUCUUUUAUUUCAUUUUUAAUAAAACACGGACCUUCUGCUCCUUGAAGAUGAUUGAAGUAAUAUUUAUCGGAUGGUUUUUGACGUUCGUUAAUGCUGAUGGGGGUGCAGACAUCGUUCUUUCCUGCUCUCUGGUGGAGGAGGGAGUCGGAAUGGGUGGAAUGGGAGGCGGCUCUCUCUUCUCCCGAACUCCAGCCACUCUCGUCCUUCGAGACGUCCCAGUGGGACCCGAUGAAUCCCUUGACACACUGACUCCAUUUGUCCCGCCCUCGGUCCCUGAUCCAGACCUCAUCCUGUUUGAGAACAAAGUGUCAUCGCCUGAGAUCCCCAACGCAGGCAUGUUGCUCCAUGCAGACUGCAAUGAGCAGGAGGUGAUGUGUGAAAUAAGUCGCUACACUCCUCGAGGACUUCAGGAAAGCUCUGAUCCAGCAUAUUUCAUGGUUUCCCUCAGCGUGGAGGGACUUGACUUCAGCACAUCGCUCAUUCUUCAAACAUUACCAGUUGAAAAAGAUCAGACAACCUUGACACAGAGCAAACUCAGUUUACCUCUCAGCCAGUCAGGAACUCUGCUGACUAAAGUAAUAUUCCUGGUGUUUUCCGACAUAAAUUCUGUAUCUGCUCCUCUGAGAGGAGAUGUUCUCCUCAACUGCGGCUUCAAGCAGGAGGAGACGCCGUUAGCACCAGACGUGGGCCUGGAAUGGCGUCUGCAGCACAGAGGGAGAGGCAGGAAAGUUCUUGAAAUGAAGACAAAACUAGACGACACAGAAGAGGCCACUGUAGUUCAUGGUGAGAGGAAUGGCUCCAGUGUGGACGCUGCUCUGCUCCUCAGUGAGGGAAACGUCUCCAUGAGUCUGACUCAGCUGAAGGUCGUCGAUGAAGGAACCUACAUCUGCACCGUCAAUCUGGGUCAUUUCCACGCCCAGCAGGUCAUUCAGCUCCAUAUCAUUCAACCGCCGCAGGUUUCUCUGUCGGAGGAGAAGCUGGUUCUGAAUACAAAUUCUCCACAAACACUGAGCUGUCAUUGUGCUAAAUACUAUCCAUUAGAUGCACAGAUGGAAUGGUUUUUCCUUCCUCCAACGGAAACGGAGCCAAAACUCUUUCCGAACCAGGGCUCUCUGAGCAGUCAUCGGCAGCACGGCGACGGGACGUUUACCCUGUCCUCUCAUGUAACCAUUCUCCCGAGUUUUUCUCCAGGAACCAAGAUCACCUGCAGGGUGACCCACCCAGCUCUGGACGAUCCGCUCCACAUCAGUAUAGUAGUCGAACCUGCCCAACCAGAUUCCUAUUGGUGGGUUCUCGGGUUCCUCGUUGUCACUGUUCUCUUCUUCUAUCAGGUCAUGAAAUAAGUGACUCUCUGGUCACCGUAACUUGAAGCUGAGCCUCGAAUUAUUUUUUUUUUCUGUAAGGGUAAACAUUUUCAGGUCUUAUAGCUGUUGUCUGCUGAAUUUGAAAUAUUUUAUUUGUGGGAAACAUUCAUUUAUAAUGAUUUUCAUACAGUUGCUGUACGUUUUUAUUGUUUUCUUUCUUGUCAUGAUGCACCAAGCAACCUUGGAUCUUGAAUUUCUUUUUGCUGUGAUAUACUGAUAAUCUCAGCAGGAAAAACACAUUUUCUCAUAGGUGAACCACUGAAGUUUCAUUAUUUCUGUCUGACCAGAAGACCAAUCUGAAUCUCAAAUAUAGUUUUCCAAUCGGGACGAAUAAUCUGACAUUUCACAUCUCUCCUGGGGUUAAACUUCAACUUCAUAUCUGUAUAAAUUCAACAAAAACAGCAGCCUACAGUAAGUCUCUUUGAAAUUAGAUGGUUUUUAAUAGCGUUUAUAGGCACAUGAAUGUAUAACCUUUAAAAUCUUGUAUGUCUUUGAGGUUUCUUUUGGUUUUGUUUUUAAGUUCCAUUGUGGCUUUGCUCUAUAAAUUAUUCAUGCUUUUGACCAAAAUAGAUUUAAAGUAAUUUUACUCAACCAAGAAGCAAAUAUUUUUUGUAUGAGGCUGUGAAUCGGUAGCUUUAUUUAAAGUCAGUCAGUCAGUAAACAUUAAAUUAUGAACCACAAAGUGCUAACAAUAUCGAGAUUGACGCCACUUCAUUUGAGUUUCAAAGGAGGUCACUGUGGGAACAAAAUACAUUAAUUAAUUACAAGUAGGAGGAAGAUACGGUACAAACUGAGGAAAUACUGGAGUUUUUUUAUUUACAACUUUUCUUUGCACUUCAGGAGGAAUUAAUGGAGGAAUUACGGUUCUUCCACUAUGAUGGUGUGGUUUUAAAUGCUGCAGCUGUUCAUUGUUUUUCUGUCUUUUUGUUUGUCCUACAUUGACUUUUUUCAUUUUAUUUUGUCUUUGAAAAUAAAACUUUUAUGACUCAACAUUA